AUGAAUUUAUACCAAAUUGAUAAAUUUACUCAAAUAACCUUACCAUAGUCACUCUAAUCCAAUUCUACAUCUAAUAUUUAUAUUGAUAAUGAAUGGCUUGAUCAAUAAUUAAAAUAAAUUCAAUAGGUGGAUUUCCAAAAUUAUAACCUACCCAGUAAUACAGAUAUUUCAUAAUUUGUAUUGUAAUAAUCAUAUGGGGAAACACCAUCUUUAUAAUAAAAUAAAAAAGAGGAAUUUGAAUUUUCUAUACUCAAUUUAGAUAACCUUGAAGAUGAUGAAUAAAAUAAAUAUUCUCAAAACAAAAAAUAUUAAUUAGAAUAAAAGAAAAAGAAUUUUAAAAAAAGUAAAACAACAACCAAUGGAUUUGCAUUAGAUGAAACUGAUUUAUUUUAAACAGAAUAAGAAUCAUUAAGAAAAUGGAAGAGUUCAUAAAUUUAAAAAAAAUCAGAAUUUACAAAAUAAUUUAAUGACUAUAAAUAGAAUUGUUAGAUAGAAAUAGUUGUUAAGUAUUUUGGAUCAAAAUAUUAAUAAACACUAUUAGUAAAUGAUUAAAUUAUAGCAGCAGAAUUAAUAGUCUUAGCACUUAAGACAUUUUAAUAAGAUUAAUUUAGUGAUAAAUCAAAAUAUGAAUAUCCUAAUUUCACUUUAGCUUAUAAAUUAAUUGGAACAGAGAUUACUCCAGCUAAAUUUGCAUUUACAAAUGAUGAAAAUUUUGAUAAUGAUAGUUUUAAAUUUGAUGAUGAAUCUUUAGAAAAUCCAGAAAUUGAUUUAGAAUCUCAAGUAUUUUAUAAAACUGUUGAAUUAUUACCAGGUUUAAACUCUUUUGGAUUAGAUUUCUAAUUCAUAAAAUAAACAUAUCUAACAAAUCCAGAAUUUCUUAUUUUAUUAAUAGAAGAUCCAAAAUCAUAAACAUUUUAUCAUAUAAAAGUAAAUAAAAAUGGAAAUCUUAAAGAUUGUUAAAAUGAAUUAAAUAGAAAAUUGACUAGAAAAUAUUUAAAAAAUGAUUAUUAUUUAAGUUUGAAAUAUCCAUGUGUAAAUUAUGAUUGUGGAGAUCUUGGAUAACAAUUUCCAAUUAAUUAAUUACCUCUUCAUUGGUUAGUAAUCUAAUCAAAAUCUUCAAAUUUAUUAUAAGAAUCUAUAGAUGAAGCUAAUGUUGUUUCAAAUAAAAAUAAUAUUAAUAAUCUUCAAGAAAAUAAUAAUCAAACAAAUUCAUGUAGAUUUUUAUCAUUAGAUUUUAUGUAAUUAGCAACUGUUGAAAAAAUGCCAUUAUUAUAUGGAUACUAAGAAUUUAAUCUAUUAAAAUAUGAUAAAGGAUGUUUUAAUGAGAUUAUCUUUGGAAUAGAUUAUUUUGAUAUCUAUUAUUAAUAUAAUGAAAAAUAAAGCAAAAAGAUUGGGAUAAUCAAUUUUAUAUAUAAGUUAGCAAAAUAAAUAUUCUUAGAGAAAAGUGAAAAAAAACAAUAUAAAAGAAUUCCAUUAAAUGUGAUAACAGAUUUAAAAUAAAAGAAAGAGAAAUACUUUGAGAUACAUUAUGAAUUAUUUGAUGGAUUUAAAAAGAAAUUAUUAUUUUGUUCAAGAAAUGAUGAUAAAAAUGUAAUAAGAGAAGUUUAUAGUAAAUUAGAAUAUUUAGUAUCAAUUUAAUAAUUUAAUGAAUGA